AUCAUUACUAGAUUACGAAAAGAUGCCGCAACUAUAUGAAAUUUAUUAAGUCCUUUUCAUCUUAAUUAUUGGACUAUACUUGACUCAAUACUUGGUUUUUCUUGGGGUUAUAAAGCAAUUAAUGUUUUAUCAGUAGUUCAAUAUCAGUAUAACAGACAUUUUCAUGGCUUUUCAGAACUUUCUGUUGCUCUUUUUGGUUGCUGCUUGUGCAUUUGCUGUUGCUUAUGGCAAGCUAUCCGUGAAUUAUUACUCAUCUACGUGCCCGAAAGCUUUGUCUAUUAUUCAGGCAGGAGUUGCAGCAGCAAUAAAAAAUGAAACUCGCAUGGGGGCAUCUCUGCUCAGAAUGCAUUUUCAUGACUGCUUUGUUAACGGCUGUGACGGAUCGAUCCUGUUAGAUGAUAAUGCCACCUUCAUUGGGGAGAAAACUGCUGUUCCGAACAAUAACUCAAUUAGAGGAUUUAAUGUUAUUGAUGACAUUAAAGCUAAGGUAGAAAAAGCUUGUCCUGGUGUUGUGUCUUGUGCUGAUAUUAUUGCCCUUGUAGCUCGAGACUCGGUUGUUCAUUUGGGGGGUCCUUCCUGGGAGGUUGGUUUGGGAAGAAGAGAUUCGCUCACUGCAAGCAGGGCACUUGCAAAUACCUCUAUACCUCCACCUACGUCUAAUCUGAGUGCUCUCAUAACAAGCUUCUCUGCACAGGGGCUCUCUUUGAAGAACAUGGUGGCUCUUUCAGGUUCACACACCAUAGGCUUGUCCAGGUGCACAUCAUUUCGAGGGCACAUCUACAACAGUUCGAAUAUUGAUCCCUCCUUUGCCAAAUCAUUGCGGCAGAUUUGCCCCAGAAGGGGGAAGGACAAUGUUCUUGAACCCCUAGAUCGCCAAACUCCAACCUGUUUUGAUAAUCUGUACUACAAGAACCUGCUGCAAGGGAAGGGUCUUCUCCAUUCAGAUCAAGAACUCUUCAAUGGCAGUUCAGCUGAUUCCCUUGUUAGAAGAUAUGCAAGUAAUCCUUACGAGUUUUUCAAAGACUUUGCCAAAGCUAUGGUUAAGAUGAGCAACAUUAAACCCCUCACAGGAAGCCAGGGAGAGGUAAGAAAAAAUUGCAGAAAAGUGAACUGAAAGUCCUUUGGCUGGCAGUUGGGGAUCAAAUGUAUGAAUAGUAUCAAUAAAUAUUAUUUGAAGCAUGUAGCAGCCAGCCCUUUCCUCAGGAAAUUCUCUGCCAUGUAUAAAUGUGGGAAUCAAAAGUUUCUACUGCAUUAGUGCGAUUCUAAGAA